AUGAAUCGAUUCGUACCAUUCAAUACUUCUAGGUACCGGUUUAUUUGGUUUUGUUGUUGCAGUCGUUCAAUUACAAUGAAUGUUUUGGAAUUGUUUGGAUUUGACUUCAGUACCACGCUUACCGAGACUCAAGAACUUACGAAAGAUUAUGAACGAUCCAAUUUGCUGUUAAUCACUAGAUUGGUAUUGCGCGUAUUUUUGGAUGAAAGUAUGCGUUCGCGACAUCGUAUUAUCAAUGCCGAAAUACGUUCACUUGCUGAUCUUUUCGUCAUACUUGAGAAAGUUUUGUGGCAUGGUUUCAGAAGUUCAGUCCAGAAGACAAUGAUAGCACUGCGUGCCCCAGAUUCCGAGUUAUGGAGUUGUCUUGGUAAAGUUGCAAACGUAAAUGCAGAUAUGAAUGAAAGUUACCAAUGCAUUGAUCGUCUUGAUAAGAUCACAGCCCCUCUGCUUCGCAUUCGAGCCUUCCUGAGAUUAGCAGUCAUGCAAAAGAAACUUGGUAACUACUUCGAAAAUUUGAUCACUUCAUGCUACAUCAGAUUUGCUUGUAAGACAUAUGGAUUAGCAGAACAGAACAUUUUACAAAAUGUUUUCCGGGACUUCUACGAGCCGUGGGCACUGAUUCGACAUGACGAAUGCAUCGGUUUAUCCGGAGCAUUGAUGGCACUUUCCGUUCUUGAUUGCAAUCUAGUGCUAGAUCAGGCACAGUUAGUAAAUCAACCCGUAACUGUUGAACUAGCGGCUUAUGUCUGUUUACCAAACAUAUCGAAUAAUACUAAUGGUGAAAAGGAACCUGAUAUGGCUGAUGCAAAAUCACUGGAACUUGUUCUUGAUCAAAAAAAUUAUUUAGAACAACGAAAUCAUUAUUUGGAAUCCAAAGUGAUUGAGUUGAAAGCGAAACUGGAAGAAGUCAGUCUGUCUACUCUCAAUAGCGUCAGUGUGGUUAAUGCUGCAAUGGAAGAUGCAUCAAAAGUGACUAGUGAGCAUAUUGCUACAACAGAAGCACAAGAAAAGGAAAAAGUGGAGCUAGCUCAGUUAGUAUCUGAAAAAGAAGAUUCCAUACGAAUUUUACGGCAGCAACUAGCAGAUACGAAAAAAGUGAACGUUGAUUUGUAUGAAAAAAUUCGUAUUGUGGAAGGGAAAUAUCGACAACUGGAAAAAGACAUGAUUAGUGCCAAUAAGCGAUAUAACUAUGAGAGAGAACAGCAACAACAAAUGAUUGAUAUAUUGAACAAAAGAAAUUCUAUGCGUGAAAUGGAUUUUGAACAUGAAGCUGGGACUUCAGAGAUGUUGAAAAAGGAGCUAGCUGAUAAAACUGAUGAAUACAUGCAAACAUUGAAUGUGUUGGAAAAGAAGCAGCAGGAAUUGGCUGUUGCGAAUGACCGACUUGGAAAAUUCCAGCGUCAGAUUUCUGAGUUGAAUGAAAAGCUGAAACAGUUGCCUGUGUUAAAACAGGAACUCGAAGAAUUGACUGCCAGUUACAAAUAUAAAAGUGAGAAACUGGAGGAUUGUGAAAAAGCUUUAGAAGAACUUGGUGGUCAUCUUUCGGAGUCAAAGUUGAAAGUAGUUGAAUUGAAAGAAGAAUUGUUGCCUCUUUCGGAAGCUGAGUGGGAAAAAGAUGGUAAUGUUUUGAAUUGUAAAGGGUGCAAUUUGCAAUUCAGUAUGAGUAAACGAAAGCAUCACUGCAGGAAUUGCGGAUCUAUAUUUUGCAAUUCAUGCACUGAUGCGCGUGUCAAACUGCCUUCUAACGCGAAACCAGUGCGAGUCUGUUUGCACUGCUACAACUUAUUGCGCUCGCGACAUAAUUCUUCAUUAGAAGAAAGCUCAUCACUUAAUUCUUUUUAG